CACAGUCUAAAUGGAAUAAUUCAAUUAUUUUGUGCAGAGCUCGAUAUGAAGAUGCUAAGUUUUUCUAUGAGAUGGACACUCGCAGAAAAAUUUCAGAAUUUCGAAAUCAACUGAAUGGGAUUCUUUUUCAUGAGAAGCUAGGAUCAAUGCUGGACAAGAUGAAACGUGUUCAAAAUACAGUUACCCAAAUUGGCUUGGCUCUUGGUAUUAGUGAAGAUAAGCUGCAUAUUGUUGAGGAGGCUGCUUCACUGGCCAUGUCAGAUCUUGCUACUGCUGUUGUUACAGAAUUUACUUCCCUCUCAGGGAUAAUGGCCCGGCAUUAUGCCCUUAGAGAUGGCUAUUCAGAGGAGAUUUCAGAGGCAUUGCUUGAGAUCACACUUCCGAGAUUUUCUGGAGAUACACUUCCAAAAACUGAUGCGGGGACUAUAUUGGCAAUUGCUGACAGGUUAGAUAGCCUUGUUGGCUUGUUUGGAGCUGGUUGCCAGCCAAGCUCCACUAAUGACCCAUUUGGCCUGCGGAGAAUCUCUUAUGGUCUUGUUCAAGUGUUGGUGGAAAACAACAGAAAUUUGGAUUUAAGACAAGCUUUGGAACUUGCUGCUGCUGUCCAACCCAUAAAAAUGGAUGCCAGAGCAAUUGAUGAUGUACAUCAAUUUGUAACCCGGAGGCUAGAGCAAUUUCUGGUUGAUAAGGGAAUUAAUCCUGAAGUUGUUCGUUCGACUCUUGCGGAGCGAGCAAACUGGCCUUGUUUAGCGGCAAAGUCUGCAUAUAAAAUGGAUGCCUUAUCAAGGGGUGAGCUUCUGCCAAAAGUUGUUGAAGCAUAUUCUCGUCCAACAAGAAUUGUUCGAGGAAAGGAUGUGAAUGUUGAUAUGGAGGUGGAUGAAACCGCAUUUGAAACAGAUGAAGAGAGAGCUUUGUGGAGCACUUUCUUGUCAUUAAGAAGCAGAAUUCAUCCUGGUAUCGAGGUUGAGGAUUUUGUUGAAACAUCUGUUCAACUAUCACAACCACUAGAGGACUUCUUUAAUAAUGUCUUCGUGAUGGUGGAAGAUGAAAAAAUAAGAAAGAAUCGGCUUUCUCUACUCAAGAAAAUUGCAGACCUUCCUAAAGGGAUAGCAGACCUCUCGGUUUUGCCUGGUUUUUAAAUUUCUUCGUCUUCGUGUAUAGCUUAGCCAGAGAAUUUGGUGGCAUUGUUUUAGAAGUGAGAAAUGAGGAAAAUAAGUUUAAAGGAAGUGAGUCUUAUUUUACUCGACACGUUCAGAUAUGAUAUUAAAGACUCUUUUCAAGUUUGUUUUUUGGGUCGUCAUAGCCUGGUACAAAUUCUCAAGUUUGUUUUUUGGGUGGUCAUAGCCUGGUACAAAUUCUCUCAAGUAAAUUUUGUAGCAUUUGUUGUGAUGUAUAAUAUACUUAUAAUCUUCUUUUAUUUAGUAAAUUGAUGAUCGUAUUGUUAACUCUGCUUAUUUA